GUUUCACCCUCACACCUCAACAGCAGCGUGCAAACAAACACACACACAUACACACACGCACACACACACAUACACGUAUUUCUGCAUCCUGUAUUUUUUUAUGCACCGGGAACCGCGCGCUUUAUAAGCGGUCGUGGAUUAUGAUGCCAGUUUUUAUAACAGCGGAAUAUUGGCCUCUCCUUCGGCUCCAACUGUGAAUAGCACUACAUUGCGUGUUUUUUUUUUUAAAUUAUUUUUAUUUUUCAGAUUUAUUUCUAAUUUGGUUCCCCGUUACUUCUGAGCACCGAGAGACCGCCGAGACGCAAAGCCUACGUUCAAUGCCGUUGGAACAUGUCCUAUGUUCCCUUUCAAGAUGCAAGGUUUGCCGUCCCCCCCUCCUAUCAUCAUCACCAUCAUCGCACCCACGCCCACUCCUUCCACACUCCCUCCUACGACCGUCCUGCUCACGAACGUCCCUCCUACGACCGUCCCUCCUUCAGCCGUCCCUCCUACGACCGCCCUUCCUACGACCGUCCCUCCUACGACCGUCCUUCCUACGACCGUCCCUCCUUCGAUCGUCCCUCCUUCGACCGUCCCGCCUACAGCCGUCCCUCGCACGAGCGCCCCAUCUACGACCGCCCCUCACACGACCGUCCACACCACGACCGCUGGAACCCCCAUCUCCGUGUGAGCGCCGGAAAUCAGGUCUACAUGUUGGACCAGGAGGAGGUACACCCUUUGCUGAUGCGCGAGAGGCGCUCGGAGUCUCACAGGAACAAGCUACUGCGGCGGACAGUCAGCGUUCCUGUUGAGGGAAGGCACCAUCCCGAGAUGGAUCAUCGCGCCCGGAGGAAGAGCAUAGCCACUGGGAAGCAGCCCAGCAUGGAGGUCCCUCCCACUGCCCCAAUUCAACCCUUCCGACAAUCCAGUUUCCUCAGUAGAAGGUUGAAGGGCUCCAUCAAGAGGGCUAAGAGUCAGCCCAAACUGGACCGAACCAGCAGUUUCCGCCACAUGAUUCUCCCCCGCUUCCGCAGUGCCGACCAAGACAGGACCCGUUUGAUGCAGAGCUUCAAAGAGUCCCACUCUCAUGAGUCCUUGCUGUCUCCCAGCAGCGCUGCUGAGGCGCUGGACCUCACUCUGGACGAGGACGCCAUCAUCAAACCUGUCCACUCGAGCAUCCUGGGACAAGAGUACUGCUUUGAGGUGACUACAGCAUCGGGAACCAAGUGCUUUGCGUGUCGCUCAGCUGCAGAGAGAGACAAAUGGAUCGAGAACCUGCAGAGAGCUGUCAAGCCCAACAAGGACAACAGCCGGAGGGUGGACAAUGUGCUCAAACUGUGGAUCAUCGAGGCCCGCGAGCUUCCAGCCAAGAAACGCUACUACUGCGAACUUUGUCUGGACGAUAUGCUGUACGCACGCACCACCAGCAAGCCCCGCACCGACACCGUUUUCUGGGGCGAGCACUUUGAAUUCAACAACCUGCCCGCCGUUCGCAACCUACGCCUUCAUCUAUACAAGGAGACGGACAAGAAGAGACGCAAGGAAAAGAGCACAUACUUAGGACUUGUAAGCAUCCCCAUCUCAAGCAUCACCGGACGUCAGUUUGUGGAGCAGUGGUACCCGGUCAUCCAGCCCAGCGUCCUCACCAAGGGGGCUGGUGUUGGAGGGGGUAAGAUCAUCAAUGCAUCGCUACGCCUCAAAUCCCGCUUCCAGACCAUGAACAUCCUGCCCAUGGAGCUGUACAAGGAGUUUGCAGAGUACGUCACCAAUAACUACCGCACCCUGUGUGCUGUGCUGGAGCCCGUGCUGAGCGUCAAGAGCAAAGAGGAAGUGGCCUGUGCAUUGGUGCAUAUACUGCAGAGCACAGGGAAAGCUAAGGACUUCCUGUCAGACAUGGCGAUGUGCGAGGUAGACAGAUUCAUCGACCGAGAACACCUUAUCUUCAGAGAGAACACUCUGGCCACCAAAGCCAUAGAAGAGUACCUCAAACUGAUCGGACAUAAGUACCUCAAGGAUGCUAUAGGAGAGUUCAUAAGGGCCUUGUAUGAGUCAGAGGAAAAUUGCGAAGUGGACCCCAUGAGAACACCACCCUCCGUGCUCCCAGACCACCAAGCCAAUCUCCGAAUGUGCUGUGAACUAGCACUCUGCAAGAUCGUCAACUCCCAUUGUGUGUUCCCUCGAGAGCUAAAGGAAGUUUUUGCCUCCUGGAGAGUGCGCUGUGCUGAGAGAGGUCGGGAAGACAUCGCUGACCGUCUCAUCAGUGGUUCCCUCUUCCUGCGCUUCCUGUGUCCUGCCAUCAUGUCCCCAUCGCUCUUCAACCUCACCCAGGAGUAUCCCGACGAGCAGACGUCACGCACGCUCACCCUCAUCGCAAAAGUAGUGCAAAACCUGGCCAACUUCUCCAAGUUUGGCACUAAAGAGGAGUACAUGUGUUUCAUGAAUGAGUUUUUAGAGAUGGAGUGGGGCUCCAUGCAGCAGUUUCUGUACGAGAUCUCCAACCUUGACAGUGUCAGCAAUGCGGGCGGCUUUGAAGGAUACAUCGACCUGGGCAGAGAGCUGUCCAUACUCCACAGUCUCCUCUGGGAGGUCAUAGCUCAGCUCAGCAAGCAAAACUCAGCAAAACUGGUUUUCUUUGAACCGCAGGAUGCCAUCAUCAAACUGGGCCCUUUGCCUCGCCUCCUGAACGACAUCAGCAUGGCCUUGCGUAACCCACACCUCCAGAGGCAGCCCAGCCAUCAGACAGACAGGGUGCAGGAGAGGCAGACAGACAGGCUGCUGUCACGGCCGAGCUUCAACAGGGGCAUCUCAUCGGAGUUCCAAAAUCUCAUGAUGAGGGAUCUUAAUAGCUCUAUAGAUAUCACUCGCUUGCCUUCCCCCACCUCCACCGGAGGAGUCAUGCCAUCUCGCUCCCAGAUGAGUUUUCAGGACCGUGACCACCCCCAUCGAGCAUCCUCCAAAGACAUGUUUUAUGUAUCACGUCCUCCCUUGGCCCGAUCCAGCCCAGCCUACUGCACAAGCAGCUCGGACAUCACGGAGCCAGACCCUAAGGAUUCCCGAAUGAACAGCGUGUCUAACCUGCAGUCGGUGGACAUGCUCAACUCCUCCCAGGCCUCCAUCGCCGGCAUGGGCAGCUUCGGAGGGCUGAGCAGCGGAGGCGGUGGCGGCCUGGGGUCGGGCCUGAGCAGCCAGCUGCGGGCCGGUGGGAGGUUGUCAGCUGGCUCUGGCGGCUCCAGCAUGUCCGGCGGUCUUCGGCUGAGCCAGCUGAGCCAGAUGGGCACCACCACCGACUCGCUAUCCCAGCAGCAGCAACAGCAGGCCGCCGCCAUGCGCUACCCGCUUUCCUUCCAGAAUCCCCUCUUUCAUCUGGCGACUGCUGAUGGGCCUCAACAACAGCUCCAUCACCAGCACAGCCGGGCUCAACCUCCAGCACCCCUGCUCCUGGCCCCAGAACCUGAUCACCAGACCUACAUGCCACAGUUCGCCCAUGGGGGGUUCUCUCGCAGUGAGGACCUGUCCACCCUCAGGACCAGGGACGGUCACCUGGGCCAACCCAGCAUCAUCCACUCACACAGCUACAGUGACGACUACAGCAGGGCUGACUAUGGACGCAGGCAGAUGUCCAUUCAUGUGCCGGAUAACCUCCAACAGCAACAACAAAUGAUGGGCAUGACCUCCCAGACAGGAACCUCCCACUCCUCCCUGGCCACUACGCCCCCCUCCACAGUCCAACCCGUGCGCCAGAGUUCUGUUGCCCCGCCUCCAUCUCAGCGUGUCAAGUCCCAGACCUCCCACCAGCUGUCCGUUAGUGCAGCUGCUGCACCUGCUGCUCUGGCUAAAACACGGCCUCAGAGCGGGAAUCUCCUCCAGUCACCAGAGUCCGGCUAUGGCGGCCGGCAGCACGGGUCCCGGCAGCUGUCCGUCAAAGACAACACUGCCCCGGGCCUUCCCCACCAGCAGAGCUCUGUCAGGGAAAGCCAGAGUCCACAGGGAACCACCAGUCAGAGCACUCAACAGUCACCACAGCAACAGCCUCCACAACAGCACCUGCUCAAACCCACCAUGAGCAAACAGGGCUCCCAGACUCCAUCCACCCUCAACCCACCCUCAGCCAAUGAGCGAACAGUGGCCUGGGUCUCCAACAUGCCUCAUCUGUCGGCUGACAUUGAAAGUUCUCGGAUUGACCGUGAGGAGUUCAAACUGAAGGAGUACUCAAAGAGCAUGGAUGAGUCACGCAUGGACAGGGUACGGGAGUACGAGGAGGAGAUCAACUCCCUGAAGGACCGCUUGAUGAUGUCCCACAAAAAGCUGGAGGAGUACGAGCGGAGGCUCCUCACGCAGGAGCAGCAGACCAAUAAGAUCCUCCUACAGUACCAGAAUCGACUGGAAGACAGUGAGAGGAAGCUACGGCAACAGCAAGCGGAGAAAGACUCCCAAAUUAAAGGAAUAAUUAGCAGGAAAGAAGACACGGAAUGAAGACAGAGACAGUCCUGCUCGUCUUUUAUGGGGAAACAUCUUUAACACCCUAACCUUGUAUAUAAAAACCCACCCUUAGAACACCCUCCCGUGUCCUUGUGCUGCUGCACUUACCAUUUUAUGAACACAGCUUUUAACUGGAUCUCGGGAUCAUUUCAGAUUCCACUUAGCUUAAUUUUCAAUUGACUCUCCCAAGAGAUUGCACCGUAAAAGCACAAGAGGAUUGAAAAUUUGAUAACUUCAGAAACAUGUCUGCACUUUUUAAAGCAACACGUUGUUUUGGACCUUCAGGCAGAGGACUAUGGAAGACCGUGGUUUAAUAUUAGCUCUUCCAUUUUAAAUCAAGGUGAACCACGUUCACUGAAGGACUGCUGAUGUAUCUUUCUACAUGGGGACCGAAACCUCUCUUCCGUUUUUCUUUUUUUUUUUACAUUCAUACGAUGCUAUGAUGUAAUAUGGAGAGGGGGGGAGUCACAGACAAUGAUGAAGAUUCAAGCAUGAGGGCAUAAAGGAAAAUAUGCCACAUAAUAGAGAAACUUUAGCAGAGCACUUAAAGCCAAACCAUUAAUUACUGCUCCCCUGGAGUUUAAAGAGAAUACAGUGAACCUGCUGCACACACACAGCAUAGUGUGCAGGAAACUCAUAUCUCCAAGGCGUACACUUGUAUCCUGUGUGACUUUUAUCAGCUGACCACACAAGGAAGAAUAAAGUAGCAGAUCUAUGCUUCCGAGUCACUCACAAUUCACUGAGCCAGAUCAUAUCAUCAAAUGCAUUUCAAGACUUGUGCAUCAUCUGGAUUUUAAUUUUAAAGUAUGCAAAAUGUGCAAGGUGCAAGAAGCAUGGUCUCAGGCCAUGGGACUCCAAAAUUUUAGUGAAACGACAAGUGUAACUACAGCCUUAUAUUCUAUUUCAUCUUUAAUUGACUUUUUAUGUUAAAUUUUCACAUUCAGACACAUUAUGAUGCAAAAGCAACUCAGGUUCUGCAAAAAGGAGCGUGCACGUGAUCCCUGAAUUCAUGGCUCCUGUGUAGGCUUGAAAAACUCUCUAUCUGCAGAACUAAAACACUCAGCGUUGUGUUUCAAGUGUCAGAGAUUUUAUUUCAGAGAAGCCUUAAUGUUCUGUGCAUAAACCUAAAGCUCAGUGCAAAUCCAAUAUCUGUCACUGGACCAGAUACACUUUUUGUUUUUCAAUGAUCUAAUUUAAACCAAAGCCAAAACUUGAGUUUUAGGUCAUGCUAGGUUAAAUCCACUGAAAACACUGAAUCCACUUUACCUGUAGCACUUGUAUCUAUAUAUUUUCUUUAGGGUACUGAUCCCAUAAGUUGGCUACAGGCUCUCUAAUUUAUUUAUUUAUUUAUUUAUUUAUUGUCAAAAUAUUUUAAUGCAUUUUGGUAAUUAUAAAUAUAAACUAUUUAUCUUCCCCGAGCUGCUGUGAACUGAACAACAGAUUUAUGGUGAGUCUGCAGUGGGGGAAAAAAAUCAAUGGUCUUAAAUGCACCUGUCAUAUAGUAAUAAUCUAUUUUUAACUAUAAUCCAUAGCAUAUUAAAGUCUGUGAUGUAAGAGCCAUAACAAUAGUGAUAUAUGAAAUAUAUAUGAAUUCUAUUGAGAGUGAGAUUAUAAUUAUUUUGACUUUGCAAUAGCUAACUUUUUAGCAGGAGAAGCGCAAUAAUAGAUACAAUAUUCUACAUGUGCUGUGUGUGCAGAUGCACAUGCAGGAUCCUGCUGAGGUAUAUUGUAUGCAUCUUGUGCACAUAAAGAAACAGUAACUUCCUGCCAAAAUCUUGGUAACACUUUAGAAUAACCAUCAUUGAUAAAUGGUAAUUUGAUAGUUUAUUAAACCUAAGUUAGUAGUUAUUUUACUGUUAAUAAUCAAUGAAAUGAAAAAAAUGCUGAUUAUUAUUAAUGCUAUAAUUUAUGGUAUUUUAACAGUUUUUUGUUGCACACAUUUUAACACUUUAUAUUCUAAAUUAAAGGUCCAGUGUGAAGGAUUUAUUGACAUCGAGUGGUGAGAUUGCAGAGCUGAAACUUCUUCCAUGUGCCCAGUAGGAAAAUGAUAUUGGCUGACACAAAAACUCAAAAAUACCUCCAGGAAGUGUGCCGGGCUUUGAAGCCAAUUUUCGUAGAGGCCAAACAGUGUAAUUACAUCCGUCAUGUGAUGCCAUGUGGCCCAAAAAGACUUUUUCCCAUAGACGUCCGUGGCAAAAGAGACUUCUGUAAUUCAGUGGAUACAUUUUUUCAGUCACAACCCCAGUGAAAUGACUCUUUUCACUAUCCGCUGAUUUCACUAAUUUUGUCCACUCAAUCUAAGAACAUUUGGAAAGUCUUGAAGGGCUAUAUGAUAUAAUUAUUUUUUCCCAAAUGAAGUUAACGGAGCGCUAAAUCGGAAGUAGCCAGCUCAGCAGGUGGAAGUCUCUAGUGUGCCUGCACCAUGGGCCACACAAUGCGGAAGCAGUUCCUAACAUCUGAGUAAUUUUAUACACAGGAGUCAAACUUUUUUCAAUUCAAUUUUAAUUUUAUUUUUAAAUCAGAGGGCUUUACUGCAUUCGACAUCCCUCAGUCUAUGGACCCUCACAGCGGAUAAGAAAAAACUCCCAAAAAAACCUUUAACGGCGGAAAAAAUAGUAGAAACCUCAGGAAGAUCCACUGAGGAGGGAUCCCUCUUUCAGGUCGGGCAGAUUUUUUGGGUUCAUGUGCCACCGAGCGACUUUCAUAGGAAUUAACGGGGCCCCGCCUCCAAACAUGUAUCCAGUUCUCUUAAUACAGUCAUGGAAUAGCCCUAUUUAGAGCCAGUGCUUGAUUUGUCCAUUCUGGGCUACUGUAGAACAACAUGACGGACUCCAUGGAAGAGGACCUGCCCUGUAUAUAGAUAUUAACAGCUCAUUUUAGGGUAACGACGAAUGUCUUAUUUUUCAGGUAAUUAUAAACUAAUGGGGGCGCCUGGUGACUUAGUGGAUAGAGCAGGCGUCCCAUAUACAAAGGCAAUGUCCUUGCCGCAGCGGGCUCAGUUCCCUGUGGCCCUUUGUUGCAUGUCAUCCCCCUUCUCUUUGCUCCCCUCACGCUUCAACAGUCCCAUCUAAUAAAGACAAAAAGCCCCAAAACAUCUCACUUCAUUAGGUAAGUAAUCUCUCUAUCUUGCCAGUGUUUCCUGAGCCUGUAUGAGUGCCAAAAGCAGCUCAUCGCCAUCUAAGCGACACAUAAAAUUGAAUGUUCACACGCCUCACAUGUAAGAACACCAUUUAAUAUAGUAGUAUAUAAAAUGCUUCAAUGUGUGCAACAAAAAACUGUUAAAAUACCACAAAUGAUAGCAUUGCUAUUAAUUACUAAACAUUAUCAUUUCAUUGUUUUACAGUAAAAUAACUUUUGACUAAAGUUGAAUUAACUAUCAAUUUACCAUUUAUUAAUGAUGGUUAUUAUGAAGUGUUACUAAAACCUUUAACCAGGUGCCAUCCACAGUAUCUAAACAGAAAAGACCUGGAAUACUGUAAAGUGCAACAUGAGACAACAUGACAACAAUGACGUGACUCUUUGACAACAGUAUGUUCUGCAAAGUGUGUUCUUAAGUUCUCUACUUGUUUUUGGCUUCUCUGUACGGUGUUUGUGAAUUUAUCUGCAUUUUAAAAAACUGCAAUGGAUAUUAUUUAUUAAUUAAAGCGACAACGAUUUCUCUUCUAUCUGUAUGAUUUUGCUGUAUAUGCUUGGUAUGCCUUUUGACCUGCAGUCCGUCAUUGGUGGUGAUGGUGAUCAGAAUAGUCGUUUAAGAAAGUUAGACAGUACUGUCAUUUAACUUAUGCAGUUACAGUAUGAUUUAAAUAUUAUUAAAAGGGCGACCAUAUUAUUUUGUUUUUCCCUCUCCAGAGAUAUAGAUAAUAUUCUGGUGUCAGUAUUUCCGCCUCUCUUUUGUAGCAAGAAUAUAUUGAUAGGCUGUGUCGAUUGUACUACGGCAAAACUUCUGUUUAAAUCUUGCAAAUGAAUUCAUAGUGGUGAUGAGUUUUGGCUUGAUGUGUGUGUGAUCAAUAUUGGUCUGAUUGACAUGGCUUGUAGCAACAGCCAAGGGUUUAUAGUGUCUUUUAUGCAGACCUGUGUCAAAUAGUUGCAAAUAAUUCUUAGUUUGCUUGAACCUUAUGGGUGGGGGUCUGCAGCAUCAGCACCAAUCAGACGUUGAGAGGUAAGUUUUCAGUCAAAGAGACAUACUUCAUGUCGGCAAAGACACAAGAAAGUAUUUGCAGCUGCUGUUUGAUCCAGGUCUGUUGUUUCUUUCCGUUGACUUUACAUCAACUUUACAUCCUAUUUGUCUCUUGCCUUUUUUUCUCUGUAGCAAAAUGUUCAGACAUUGUGACCUCAUGUUACACACAUUGUUUUGACUACAUGUACGACUUGACCUCAAAAGCACACUACUUGAAGUACAACUGGAUAUAAGAAGCUUUUUUUUUUUUGUAACAUAUCACCCACAUGAAUCAUUGUCUGCCUCUUGAAGUCAUGUCAGAAUCUUAAUGCUGUAUGCCCAUGUUACAUUCCAUUGUUUUUUGGGACAGUGCUUAUAUUUCUGUGUGUGCUUACAGUAUGAGUGAUUCUUUUCUUUUCUUCUUCUUUUGUAAAAUAACUCUCGACACUGUACAUUAUUUAUGGAAUAAAACAUCCAAACGCUUAUGUUUGAAACUUCA